AUGUGUUUGCACAAUCGUGCACCAACAGCUAUUGGUGGAGGAAAUGACUCUGACCGGUAUUCAAAGAAAACGGAAACUCUUGGUCUUGGAGGAUGGACGGUUAUUGAAGAUUUUCCAAAAAAAGUUAACUGGGUGGGUUGCAUGACAAUCAAUGAUGAUCUUAUAACAGUUGGCGGUCGAACUCUUGUAAAUGACGAGAUAAUUUAUCUCAAUGACGUUUAUGUUUUGAAAAAUCAGAAGUGGUUUACUGCUGGAAAGCUCAAAGAGGUUACUAUGCUUAAUGCUUUGAUUCAUUUCGGUGACUAUUUCUUUUCCUUUAGUGGCAACAUCAGUCCGUUUGCAGUUGAAAAGGCUUUUGGAAUGGUACUCAUGUGA